AUUCAUUCCUAGAGAGAGAGAGAGAGAGUGUGAGAGAGAGGAAAGACAAAGGCAAAGGAAAGGGAGCAGCCCCCACUUAGCUUUUUCUUCCUCCGUUCCAUUAAUUCUCUCCUUCCACCGCGACACGAUCCGCCUCUGCCGCUCUUUCUUUUUCUCCCAUCUCUCUCCCUCGCUGUCUCUCUUAAAUUCCGCUUUCCUUUCUCCAUCUCCACCGAUCUUUCAGUAUAGUAUAUGGAAAUGGAAGACCGCCACCCAUCUCUCCACCUCCAGUUCCCCGCCGCCGGCACCCUCGAUCUCCGCCACUUCAUCUCCUCCUCCUCCUCCUCCGCCGCCACAGCCGCAGGCAGCGGCGGCGGCGGAGUCCUCAGGCCCACCCCGAACCAGAACUCCUCCCACCACUACUUCCCAGUACUUCAGCCGGACGCCUCUCCUUUCUUCUCCCCUCUCCACCACCGCGAUCACCACGUCUUCCCCCCGCCGCCGCCGCCGCCCGCCUACGACAUGAUGAUGCAGCUCCUCCCCCGCUCUCAGCCGGAGUUUCGAGGGGCAGAUUCCGGUACCCCUACUCUCAGCAACUGUGGCGCUCAGCCUAGCUCGAGCAGCCUGAGCGGCGGCGGUGGGUUGGAGGGUGACGUCAUGGGCGGGAUGUUCGGCGGCGGCGGCGGGGGAGCAGACGGCGGGACGGGGAGGUGGCCUCGGCAGGAGACGCUGACUCUGCUGGAGAUCAGAUCGAGGCUGGAUCCCAAGUUCAAGGAAGCUAAUCAAAAGGGUCCGCUCUGGGACGAGGUCUCCAGAAUAAUGUCGGAGGAGCAUGGGUACCAGAGGAGCGGGAAGAAGUGCAGGGAGAAGUUCGAGAACUUGUACAAGUACUACAAGAAGACCAAAGAAGGCAAAGCCGGGAGGCAAGAUGGGAAGCACUACAGAUUCUUCAGGCAGCUCGAAGCUCUCUACGGCCCCACCGACUCAUCACCAACAAGCAACAACAACAACAACAUGUUCAUCAGCCCAACACUACCUCAUCAUCAUUCCUCUCUACAGAUUCAAGAUUCUCCUUACAACAUGGGCACAACCAACAACAACAAUACUAGUUCAACCUUCCACCAUCCGUUUCUCGGCAACACAAUGUCGUCGGGUGUGGCUCCAACGAACCAAGACGUGCUCUACUCGAGCCUGAGUAUCUCCAAUGACUCCUCCGAGUUCGAGUCCUCGGAGGACUCGGAGGGCCAGGAUCCUGCUACUGCUGCCACAGCUCGUGGAGCUGUGGCAGCAGCAGGGACCGGAGGAGGAGGAGUGGACGAUCAUAACGAUUCGUCGGAGAGGAUGGUGAGGAGGAGCAGGAGGAGGAGGAAGAGCGGGUGGAAGAGCAUGAUCAAGGAUUUCAUCGACUCGCAGAUGAGGAAGCUGAUCGAGAAGCAGGAGGCGUGGCUCGAGAAGCUGACGAGGACACUGGAGCACAAGGAGAAGGAGAGGGUGGUGAGGGAGGAGGAGUGGAGGAAGCAAGAGGCGGCUAGGGUGGAGAGGGAGCAGAAGUUUUGGGCCAAGGAGAGGGCUUGGAUUGAAGCUAGGGAUAGUGCAUUGAUGGAGGCUCUAGGGAAGUUGAGUGGUGGUAGUAAUGGUGGAGGUGGAGAUGUUCAACACCGUCGUGAUCAAGGAGUGAAUGUGAAUAAAACUUCUUCUUCAUCUCCCCACGAGAAUGAUAACGACAAGGAGAUGAAGAAGAUGAGUGAUGGUGAUUGUGGGAGGAGCUCUUCUUGUAACUAUGGCUUCCAUGGAGAAGCAAUGUACAAUCCUGAAGCGUUGCGGAUUCAUCAAAAUCAUGAGCACGUUAGCAAUGCCAAUAACAAUAGGUUGGGUGAGAGCAGCUUUAGGUUCUUGAUGGGGGAAGGAGGGGAGACGGCCAUGUGGGAGAACUAUGGGUUGAAGCUUAGCAAAGGAGAUGACGAUCAUGAUCACGAUCAAAAUCCAUGACGAUCUGAGUUUGCUAAAUGGAAGGUACUAUACGUGUUUUUAUGCGCAUUUAGUACGAAAGAGACAUAAGUUAGUUACUAUAUGGAGCUGACAUGUUUGCUUUGUCAUUGAAAUGACAAUGCAUUGUUGAUUAUGUAAAAGGUGAAGAGAAGAUAACAUUGGAGGGGGGAAAUCAAGGUUAUGGGUUGACUUAAAGUUUGGCAAAUGCUGUUCCUCUAUGAUAUCUAGGGAGUUGGGAAGACCAAUUUUCUGUUCUUAUAUAUAUUAUUACAAGCUGAUCAAGAUCAAAGCUAAUUAUAUGUGAUUAGUCAAUGAUAUUAAGGAAGUAUCUGACUUAUUAAUUUGCUUAAUCACUAUCUUUCUUCUUGUAAUAUCCUGGGGAUUGGUCUCUCAUUGUUGUAAUGGAAUCUUUAAAAGCUAUAUGGAUUUUGUUCAUAUGGGAAUUUCUUUGUUCAUCUGAAAUUUAGUUAUGAAUGAUGAAGGACAGUUGCUAGAAGGGGAGGAAAUAGUGCUCUCUAUUAUGU